UAUUAUCGUUUGCGUAUAAAAAGAGUUUUAUCACAAUAUCCUGCUCAAUGGCAAGCGAUCGAUUCGUUGCAAGAUAACAGCAUUGCUCAAUUGAUAGAAUCUCCUGAUUAUGAUGGAUAUAAUACGUUACCUAAAUAUUUUGGUUUGUACCCAGGAAUUUUAGAUGAUGUUUUGGGACAUAUUGACAUGCAAUUUUUUGGGGUGAAAAAAUCCGAAAAGUCCUCCUUCCUUAUCGAAAGAGUGUCAAAUCCAAAAUCCUUUUAUAAAAGCUUACAGCAUAAUGACCACAAGCCACAAUUCAAUGAUCCACCCGCCCGUUUUAUUAAUAUUGAACCUAAUAUUAAAAUCAAUCCUUCUCGUAUUCAAUAUUUCAACGUUAUUCCUGGAGAAAAAACAGAGAGCGAAAUAGCAGUUAAAAUUUUUGUCGACGAAUCCCUGCGAAAUUUAUCCCGUGAUAAAAAAAUUAAGUGGAAUUUAAUGCCUUCUUCCCUCGCUAUUUUCAACAUAAACGAUAAUCAGUUUAUUGAAGCGGGUAUUCGUGACUCCUCUCUAACCCCUUUUAAACCACAACCGAAUACUGGAUUUAUAGAUUUAUCUUUAUCUCAUUGGCCUACAGAAGACUGUUAUUUUGGGGUCAGGAUUAUUGUUGAAUGCAAUGUGAUGGACAAGGUGGCCUUUUUAGCUUGUAUAAAAGAUAUUUUACCCACUUCAAACAGUUACGACAAAAAAUUGAAUAGUGUUGUAUCUAAUAAUGCCUGCGAUUUGUGCAUAAAACAGACAUGGCUAUUUAACGUGGACAAGGGUGAUGAAAAUGACUUGGAAGAGUAUUUAUAUCUCGAAGCUAAAAUGAAUUCCUCCUAUUUUCUCCCCAUCAAAACCGUUGCAAAUGUCGAUACACUCGCUUUGGCUUCUCCUCAAAUGGACUACGUCAACAAUUCCAUUAAAAUUGACCACCGACUAUUAAUUUUCGAGGCUAUCAGUAAUAUUUCCCCAUUUAAAACAAGGAUUAAAAAGCUAAAAAUAAAAAAUUACGAUAAAAGUCACGAUUUUCCCAUAAAUAUCACUCUUGGUCAUGUUAACAACUCUUCAAAACAUCCAUUCUAUUUUAGCAUACAUGAUUCCUACAAAAGUGUAUGUUUGGGCCCUUACAAAUACGUCAAGUUCCCCGUUGAAUUGAAAAGCCACGACUCCAUCCCUCUUGAUAAAUCAAGAAAAUAUAUAUGCGAGAAUGAGUUAUUGGUCUGCAACUUAAAGGGUAACAUACUAAAAUCGGUCAUUUUAAGGGCUAUUAUAAAACCGCCAUCUUGAUAAAAAAAAUUAUUAU